UAAAAUAAAUUUAAAUCUUUUUUUACCUUGUAUGAGAUAAAACAGGAGCAAGUUAUUUAAAUCUUAAUGAAAGUUUGUUUCAAAAGUUUGUUUUUUGACUGUGAAGCAAAAAUGGCGGAAAACAUGAUGGCGUCUUUUUGUUUUCAAACUAAGAUAUGGCUAACAAAAACAUAGUCAUCUCUGUCUCACUCAUGGUUCUGGCCGUAACUAAGUGGGCACGCGUAUGAUCAAUAUGUCCACGUGACCUGUCGUCAGUCGACUGUCUUUUAAUCCACUCGCAGUCCGCAAGUCGUGUAAUUGCAAAUGCAAAAUGUGGAAACGUUUGUGUUCGUCUAAAAUAAUAUUUUGUGGUUAGCUUUAUAUUAUGUUUUUACAAUGCCUGCAUCAAUUGGCGUUAAUUUACGUGUUACUGGCCACUGUAGCCAAGGCGGUAGAAAGUAUAUGGAAGACUUGUUUUCCGUUGCGUAUCAACAAACUGAAGAUGAGCGCGAUUUGGAGUAUGCCUUCUUUGGAAUAUACGACGGACACGGCGGAGGCGAAGCUGCAGCAUUCGCAAAAGAGCAUCUCAUGGACUCUAUAGUGAAGCAACGUCAGUUUUGGUCGGAUAAUGACGAGGAUGUACUAAAAGCAAUUCGGAAUGGUUACAUGUUGACCCACUUGAACAUGUGGAAAGAAGUAGAGAAUUGGCCAAAAACUGUAACAGGGUUGCCGAGCACCGCGGGCACAACUGCCAGCGUUGCUUUUAUACGGCGUGGUAAAAUAUAUGUUGGUCAUGUUGGUGACUCUGCAAUAGUGCUGGGCUACCAGAAGGAUGAUUCCGAGGAAUGGGCGGCCAAACCCUUAACUUCGGAUCACAAACCAGAAUCAACAGCAGAAAUAGAACGCAUACAGCGGUGCGGCGGUAAAGUCAUAUCCAAAGCUGGAGUUCCACGGGUGGUGUGGAACAGACCUCGCCCAGGUCAUAAGGGGCCAAUAAAGAAGAAUACUCCAAUGGACGAGAUUCCCUUCUUGGCAGUGGCGCGGUCACUUGGAGACCUGUGGAGCUAUAAUCCCCAAAAUGAUGAGUUUAUUGUCAGCCCAGACCCAGAUGUUGGGGUGUUGACUAUUGACCCUACAAAGUUUAGGUGCCUUAUAUUCGGUACAGACGGCUUAUGGAAUAUGAUAUCUCCUGAGGGUGCUGUUAGUUUAGUUCAAGCCACUGAGAAGCAUAAUGAAGCUGCUUUAGUAGGAGGCGGGAACCAGCCGCGCGACUGGCUCAACCCCUCCAAAAGCUUAGUAGAUCACGCUCUAGAGAGAUGGUCUAACACCCGAAUGCGGGCCGACAACACAUCAGUGGUGACGCUGAUGCUCGACCCGCCCGGCCCGCCGCGCGCCACCGUGCUGCGCUCGCGCACCACGGCGCAGAAGCCGCCGCUGGCGCCCGCCGCACCCGCCGCGCCCGCCGCCUGCGCGCCCGCCGCGCCCGCCGCGCCGGACGAGCCCCGCCCCGACGCGGCGCGGCGCCUGCCGCAGAACGGCCUCACCAUCAUGACCAGAUACUCGGACGCCGAGAAAUCGGUUGCCUACCCCGCGCCCGCGCCCAGCGACGAUGCCGAGCGAGCGCCCCUGCCGCCCUGCGCCUCGCUCGACGGCCGCUUCUCCGUGGGCCACCGCGACGAGCCGCGCGACGACGCCGCCGACGACGCCGAGGCCAUCACCAACUACGGCAACCCCGCAGAGUCCUUCUUCAUGGCGCGCCUGCUCAACCGGACGCGCGUCGUCAACACGCUCUCCGACGUGUACGAGGAAAUCAUCCACGGCCAGCCGCCCGAGUCCGAGGCGCCCGGUGCUGAGCCCGCGCCCGCCUCGCCGCCCGCCACCGAGUUGCCCGAGGCCGGCGGCGACGCCGCGCCCGCCGUCGAACCGCCACCCGAAGAGCCCGCGCCCGCCUCGCCCGCCGGCGCCGGGGACGGCGGCAUACAGAUCAACGAGGUGUCCUCUAGCUCGCCCACCGAAGCGCCGCCCCGUUCGCGCCAGCGGCGCUUCCGCGGUGACGCGCGCGCUCUGCCCGCCACCCACGACCGCGUGCUGCGCUCGCACCACGAGCCCGAGCGCCCGCGCACGCGUCUCACAGCUACGCGCGCGCGCCCCACCCCACCGCCGCCCGCCGUAGCCGCGCCUACGACCGCGCCCGCGACCGCGCCGCUCGAUCGCGUCGUUAUCCUCUCGCGCCGGGGCCCGCCGCCCGCGUCGGCGCUCGUUCGCAUCGCGCCCGCCGAGCCGCGUGCGCCCCCGCGCCGUCCCGCGCCAGACCCCGCGCCCGACGGCGACGGCGGCGACGACGCGAGGCGAGCGACACGCUCGCAGGCGACGGCGGCGACGCGCGCGCCGCGGGAAUGUCGCAGCGCGGGAAACUCGCUGCGCGCCCCGGGGCCGGCGCGACGGGCCCCGGCGGCGCGGCGGGAGGCGGCGGCGCGGGGCCGCUCCAAGGAGAACCUCGGCGUCGCUCGCCGCCGCGGCCGCGCCUGCGCCGCGCGCGCCUCGCCCUCGCCGCCCCCGCGCCCGCCGCCGCGCCGCCGCGCCGAUAGCUCGCCCGAGGUGCACUCCACCACGGGCGAGGCGGCGCCGCGAGCUCUGCGUUCACGCAACGAGCCCGCCGCGCCGGCCGGGCCGCGCGCCGUCAAGCGCGCGCGGGCCGCCGACGCGCCGCCGGCCGCCAAGCUGGCGCGGCUGGGCAAGCGCGCGUCGGGCCCGUGGGCGCCGGCGCUGGCGCUGCGCAGCCGGCUCCGGCGCCGGCUCGGCAAGUAG